CCGGCGCGUAUCCCCCCCCGGGCAUCUCCGCAGAGGUCGAGCAGGCCGGACCGGAAGGGCAUUACGGUCACUUCGCUCCGCCCCGCUCGGUCGCUGCUCCCGCUCCUCAUUUUGAAAGAAGAGUGCACAUUGCCCAUCUCCUCGCCGAUCUAGGGUUCCGGUGCUCGAAAUCGCCAUGUAUGGCCGCUGAGAACGAGCGCCCCGACCUCGAAGAUCCCUUCGCGGACUGCUCCAUCCUCUCUUUCCUCCCUCGAAACCUUGGAGCUCAUCUCUAUGCCUCGGAGGCGCAGGAAGAGGAGGCGAUCCGAAAUCUCUUCAAAUCCAUGGACCAGGCAUUGAAGGGCUCAAAGGAGUUUCUGGAACAGGCACAACAAAUCAAGAAGAGUUGUUCCAACUUUCCAAGUCCACAUCCUGAGGAUGGAGACAAAGCCAUUGCUGCAGACGGCAAGGACCGUCCCCAAGGACGAAGACCAGCAUUGGGUCGCAAACGGGCUCAGUUUUCUUUAAAGCUCAACUCAAGUCAUUCUGUACCAAAAAUGGACUCUGAUUCUGGUAUAGAUCACAUCGAAGACCCAGAGGAGUAUUUCUUGGCCUUUGAGCAGCUUGAAAAUGCUGAUAAAGAGUUGAAGAAACUAAGGGGAGAGGUGUCUACUGAUCCGCUCGAGCAUCACCAGUCCCCAACAGCUCGGAAACGCCGUCCUGGAAUUUUGGGGAAGACAGCAAGCUAUAAACAUCAUUUUCCUGCUAAAGUUGAUACUGCCGAGGUCUUCAUGGAAUCGCAAGAAGAAAUUUCUGAUAAAAAAACUUUUAGCCCAUCCAACACUUCGAUUAUUGCUGCUUCAAGUAAUAUUUUGCGUCCUAGAACAGUUGACCAACCUGAGACUUCACAAUCCAGGAAAACAAAUAGUGAACUCCUUGAUGCUGUAGAAAGACAAGGUUCUGUGACUGACAGGGUGAAAAAGGUCAAUGAUCUUUUAGAUAAAUUGUUGAUUUCAUUUAAAGAUUUGGAUGAAGCUGAAGGGGUAACUCUGUUGCGGGAGAGCUUGCAUAUCAAGUCAAUUAAUGUAGGCAAAGUGCAUCUCCCUGAGUUGCAGACUGUUCAGAAGAAUGCCGUUAGAACACUCAAAGGUAGAGUGAUGAGAAAGGAGUUAGAGGGCUGCCAAUUUCCACAAAAUUCAUCAACCAUAGCAAGAAGUCCACUUGCUGCAAUUUCAACCUUGCAGAGGUGCAUAUCGCUGAACGAUCCAUUGGAAGAUCCAUACUCAGUGCCUCCUAUUGAUGAUGCACCGAUUUCCAGAUAUUCUUCUAGAAGUAAAGGCGAAGAUGAGAACUAUCUUUCACCUCCUGCUGACAUUGCCAUCACGAUAGGAAUGAUUCAAUUGCUGGUGAUGCUUCCAGUCCAGUGA